AACCGGGCAGAUGGUCCGUCGGAUUGCCCAGUCGCGCUAUACCCCGACGGUGGCGACCAUCGACGACUCCAGUACACUGCCGACCAGCGUGGCGAUCGUGUCAUCUGCAGCGCACGAUCUCCGACCGAGAAGUUGUUCAACGAUCAACGCCUAUACAUCGAGUCACCCGAUCAACAUAGGACACAGGUCAUCGACAGUGUCCAUUUCGCACAGAGUGUCAAGUGCUUCUGGAGUGUGCUGUUUGUGUUGAUGUAAGUGGAGACGGAGGCUUAGCCUGGGACAGUAGUGAUGAGUGGUGCUCGGACGUUGAAGAUGUUGCUACUGCUGGUGAUGGUGGUGGUGCUGGUGGUGCCACCCGCCGCAACCCAGGGUGAGGUAGAAGGCUACCACUGCGUGAUGCACGACGUGUGCGCCCAGAUCGGCAUCCACGCGCAGAACUGUCCGGUGAAGAUGGCGCCGAAGCCACUGACCGACGCAGUGGCCAUCGAGGUCAUGCACCGGCGGUGCGGCUGGAUGUUUCCCGCCGACGAUACGCCGGUGUGCUGCGCGACCAGCCAGGUGCUGGAGAUGGACAAGAACUUCCAGCAGGCGGAGGGCCUGUUUAGCCGCUGCUCCACCUGUCUUACCAACAUGCUGUACAGCAUCUGCAGCCUGGCCUGCCAUCCCGAGCAGAGCCGGUUCCUGACCGCGUACACCGAGCCGACGACCGGCGCGUACGUGAACCGGGUCGACUACCGCAUCGACCGGCAGUACGUGCAGGACACGUUCGACUCGUGCAAGGGCAUCGUGCUGCCGUCCAGCGGCAAGUACGCGAUGGACGUCGGCUGCGGCUACUGGGAGGCGGCCGGCUGCACGGCGGAGCGCUGGUUCCAGUACAUGGGCGCCGCCGACAACGAGUUUGUGCCGUUCGAGAUCAACUACCUGUACGAGGAGGACCCGGAGCAGCGCUUCAAUCAGGCGGUGAAGCACUGCAACGAGGCGUACGACGGCUCGUACGCCUGCUCGUGCGUCGACUGCGACGAGAGCUGCCCGACGAGCGAGCCGCCCCAGCCGAAGGAUCCGGGCUUCAUGGUGGGCGACCUGAACGGGGUCACCUUCACUGUCGCGGUCGUCGUCGGCGGCAUUGGGCUCGCGUGCAUCGUGCUCGCCCUGCUGUUCGGCGGAAAGGAGGGCGCGAAGCAGCAGCUGCCCGACCUGCCCUCCUUUUUCGGCGGCUUCCCGUCGGUCAACCGGGCGCUGGGGCGUACCUUUACCCGCUGGGGUACCUUCUGUGCCCGCAAUCCGGUGCUGAUAUUGGCGAUAUGUUCGUGGAUCGUGGGAGGGCUUGCGUUCGGCAUACAGUACCUGAUCAUAACGACCGAUCCAGUGGAGCUGUGGGCUGCGCCGGACAGUCGAGCGCGCCAAGAGAAAGACUACUUCGAUUCGCGCUUCUCGCCGUUCUACCGCACCGAGCAGAUCUUCAUCAAGCCGACGCGGCAAGAGUUCUUUAUACACCCGACGGCGGAAGGCAACCAGACGUUCGGACCUGCCUACGACCGGGAGUUCCUGCUCGAGGUGUUCAAGCUGCAGACCACGAUCGAACAGCUCGGCCAGGCAGAGGGGCGCGGUCUGGAGCAGAUCUGCUUCGCCCCGAUGACGCUGGUCGGUGCGCAAACCGUACUAUCGGAGUGUACCGUGCAGAGCGUGUUCGGGUACUUCAAGAACAGUCUCGCGGAAUUCAACCGGACCGGCACGGACCUGAACGGAUUCGUGGUGAACUAUCUGGACAAGAUCAACGGGUGCACGCGCAACGCCUACCUGCCGUCCUGCUUCGGCACGUACGGGGGCCCCAUCGAGCCGGGCGUCGCGGUCGGUGGCUUCCCGCAACCGGCACCCGGCGCCAACCCCGACUUUCGGCUCGCGACCGGCGUCGUGCUGACGUUCCUCGUUGAGAACAAGGCGAACAAGGACGAGCUCGGGCCGGCGCUCGAGUGGGAGCAGCGGUUCGUCGACUUUAUGCGCGACUUCGAGCACCCGAUGAUGGAGGUCGCCUACUCGGCGGAGCGCUCGAUCGAGGACGGCAUCGACGAGAUGUCGGAGGCGGAGAUGUACACCGUCAUCAUCAGCUACGUGGUGAUGUUCGUGUACAUUACCUUCUCGCUCGGGAAGAUCCGCGGCUUCCGGCAGUUUCUGCACGGUUCGCGCAUCGUGCUGGCGGUCGGCGGCAUCGUGGUGGUGCUCGCGUCCGUCGCCUGCAGCCUUGGGUUCUUCGGCUACCUCGAGCUGGCGACGACGAUGCUCACGAUCGAGGUAAUCCCGUUCCUGGUGCUGGCGGUCGGCGUCGACAACAUCUUCAUGCUGGUGCACGCGUUCAACCGGAUCGACCGGGAGCGGACGCCCGAGACGGCCUGUGCGAUCGGCGAAGCGCUCGGCCAGAUCGGUCCAUCGAUUCUGCUGACCUCGGCGAGCGAGUGCUGCUGCUUUGCGAUCGGUGCGCUGUCGCCGAUGCCGGCAGUCAAUACGUUCGCCUGGUACGCGACCGUCGCGCUGCUGGUUGACUUUCUGCUGCAGAUUUCGGCGUUCGUCGCGCUGAUGGCGCUGGACGAGAAGCGGGUCGAGCGGGGCCGGCUUGAUCUGGUGUGCUGCGUGCGAGCCACCAAGAACCCGGACAAACCGGUCGCCCCGGACGGUCCGGGGUGGCUGGAGCGGGUGGUGGAGCGAUUCUACGUGCCGUUUCUGCUGCGGCCGAGGGUGCGGCUGACCGUGCUGGCCCUGUUUCUCGUCUGGGGCUCGCUGUCGCUGAUGGUGGUGCCGAGCAUCGAGCCGGGCCUGGACCAGGAGCUGUCGAUGGCGGAGGACUCGCACGUGGUCAAGUACUUCCGCUUUAUGGCCGAGCUGUUCUGGAUGGGGCCGCCCGUCUACUUUGUGGUGAAGGCCGGCCUGAACUACACCGACGUGCAGCACCAAAACCUGGUGUGCGGUGGCAUCCUGUGCAAUGACGACUCGAUCUCCACCAAGCUCUACCAAGCCUCGCUCUAUCCGGAAACGACACACAUUGCCAGACCCGCCUCGUCCUGGCUCGACGACUACAUCGACUGGCUGGCGAUUCAGUCCUGCUGCAAGUACAAUCCCACGGACGGGUCCUUCUGUGCCAGCAGUUUCGUCUUCUGUCCAGCCUGUCCGAAAGAGUACGACGAGACGGGCAUCCGGCCCACCGUGCCCCAGUUCGAGCGCUACCUCGAGUUCUUCCUGUCCGACCUGCCGGACGAGAACUGCGCCAAGGCGGGCCGGGCGGCCUACUCGCGCGCCCUCAACUACCUGCUAGAUCGGGACGGCCGGCUGAACGUGCAGGACUCGUACUUUUCCACCUACCACACGACCGCGGUGACGUCGCGCCAGUUCUACACGGCGCUCGAGCAGGCCCGCCUGAUUGCGGCCGACAUCCAGCAGAUGCUGGACGAGCGCCAGGCCGGCGUCGAGAUCUUCCCGUACAGCGUGUUCUACGUGUUCUACGAGCAGUAUCUGACGAUCUGGAGCGACGCACUGCAGUCGCUCGGCCUGUCCCUGGCGGCCGUGUUCGUCGUCACCUUUCUGGUGACGGGGCUGGAUCUGCUCUCCGCCCUGGUCGUCAUACUGCUGGUCUUCCUGAUCGUGCUCAACAUGAUGGGGCUGAUGUGGCUGUGGAACAUUACGCUCAAUGCCAUCUCGCUGGUCAACUUGGUGAUGAGCGUCGGCAUUGGGGUAGAGUUCAUCUCGCACAUCGUGCGCACGUACCGGCUGGCGCACGGCACCCGGCUCGAGCGGUCCGCCGCAGCGAUGGUCCGCACCGGCAGCUCCGUGUUUUCCGGCAUCACGCUCACCAAGUUCGCCGGCAUCAUCGUGCUCGCCUUUGCCAAGUCGCAGAUCUUCCAGAUCUUCUACUUCCGGAUGUACCUGUGCAUCGUGCUGGUCGGGGCCGCCCACGGACUCAUACUGCUGCCCGUCUUCCUCACCUACAUUGGGCCGCCAUCGCCACCACCACCACCACCACCACCACCAGCAGCAGCAGCAGAGACACCACGCACCGCGCACACAAAGCAGGAGGAAGCGAAACUGGACCUCAGCAACACGCCGAGCGCUGCGAACGAAACGGAGACUCCCGCGAUAGGCAACGAACCCGCGCAACACGCACCCGAGUGAACUCGCAUCAGCUUAAACACGCGCACGUGUGUGUGUGUGUUGUUUUGUUUUAAUUACUUAUUUAUUUACCACUGACACCUAGAAUGCACAACCACGGCAAACACAAAAAAACACUAAUAAAGCGAAACGGAUUGCCUUAAACAGUA